CAAACAGCUGGGCCCACCAAAGCCAGCAAACGACAAAGUAGCAAGCACAGUGGCCUCCUCGUGCUGCGCGCUGCAUACGAAACCGCGAUUAGCCGCCGGCGCCGCAAAACCGCCUAGAGCAGCACCGCAAGCGCGCGCCCUAUGGACGCUUUUGAUGUUGGCGCCUACCUGGGGCGCGGCGGCUUCGCUACCGUAUAUAGGGCCGUCGAGCGCGCUUCCGGAAGGACCGUCGCGCUGAAAGUCGUGGAUACCAGGAAGCUGCGCGAGGCCGGAGUGGACCGAGAGCGUUUAGAAAGGGAGGUCGCCCUUCAUUCCGCUUGUGACUACGAACGGAUCGUAAGGUGCGAAGGGAGCUUUGCGUUCAACGAAGAACGCCUGGGCACGGAGGACGAUUCGCAGGAUAAUUUCGAGGGCGUUUGUUUAAUUCUAGAGUACUGCUCGAACAGUGAUCUGAGGCAGCUCCUGAAGCGGAAAGGUAAGUUGUCGGAUGAGGAGGCCAAGAUUUACUUGCGGGGCGUCCUCGAAGGCCUCGAAUAUUUACAUUCAAAAAAUCUCGUCCACCGCGACGUAAAAUUAGCGAACGUUCUGCUCGAUGACAAGCACCGCACGAAGCUCUGCGACUUUGGGGUGGCCGCGUCCAUAGAUGAGGGCGAGCGGUGGACCUUGUGUGGCACGCCAAAUUACGUGGCUCCCGAAAUUGUCAAUGGUGAAACAGCACAUGACACGGCCGUGGACCUGUGGAGUGUCGGGUGUCUAGCUCAUGCGUUGUUGGCGGGCUGCCCGGCGCCGGUGCAGGCGAAGGCUCGCGCGGCGUUGGGUGGCAAGAAUCGUGUUGUGGAUGGUGACAUCUCCCCCUCGUUAUCGGCGCCGGCGGCGUCAUUCAUAAGGAGGUUGUUGCGAAAGGAUCCUGCCGAACGGCCGUCGGCUUCCGAAGCUUUAAGGGACCCCUUCCUCUGCGACGCGUGGCGUAGUACAACAGAUGAAAGGUGGGAGGCCAAGGCGUCGGAACGUGUCAAUGCGGACUGUUCGGAUUUGGACUUCGAGGCGACGACGCCGAAACAGCAGGUAUGCAUCCGAGACGGCGUCGCGAGAAUCGCGUGGCUCGGCGCGCGCGGUCAGGUAACUAUGGAGGCGUCCGAUGAGAGGGUGCGCGUCGCGGCGAACGGCCUCCAAUUAUAUAAUGGGACGGUCGACGCGUUGCCGGCGCGCUUUGAAGCUUUAUACGGUCAUCUGGCGAAGUGUAUCACAUUAGUACGGUCGCGGACGCCGCGGGUCGUCUGCCGCUACGGUCACGUGGAGUGCACGCUCAUGAGCAACGGGCCCCUCGCGGAUGUCCGACUACGGUGGCGCGACGGCUGCGCGGCGCGCUACUCGCUGGCCACGGGCUGCUUCGAGCUGCGCCUGCCCGAUUCCAGAAUACACGCCUACACGCCCCCGUCCGGAAAUGCGCUGCCGGGCGACGCGCCGGACGUCCGCGUCGCCUCCUACUUAAAGGACGCGCGGUCGGGCGUGCGGAAAUGUUUGAGAGCGGCGGCGCGCUUCUCAACAGAAAAAUCGCCGAUCGUCGUCGACGUGCGCGCGCCCCAGACGCCGCCGCGGCCGACGAAGAAGCUCAUCGAGACGUCGGGCCGCUCGACGAGCUCGCGCGCGACGCAGCCGCCCGUCGCGGACCUGUCCUUCGUGUCGGAGCUCACGGCGGCGACGCGCGUCGCCGGCUGA